AUGGAUGAUUCGCUCGGUCCGCCUGUAGCGUCAGCUGAACCGGCCCUUCUGCCGCCACGGACGCCUCUCCACGGCCGCUACACAUCUGUGGUUCCGUUACAGCCAGAGCAUUGGCGAGCGAUAUACAAACAUCUGGGAGGAGAGGAAAACGCCUGGAGAUGGAAGUACAUGCCGCUUGAGGGCCUUCUCACCGAGGAGGCAUGUGAGUUAACGAUCAAGGCUUGGUGCGCUUCAGCCGAUCCCCUAUACUAUGCGGUACUUUCGGGUCCAGCUUCCGAUCCCGCUUCGGAGCCGGCAGGCAUCCUGUCAUACUUGUCGAUCGCUCCAAACCACCGUAGAAUUGAGAUUGGAUGGGUGAUUCUGGGCGACGCUUUGAAGCACUCCAGGGAAGCGACGGAGGCAUUUUUCUUGUUCAUGAAGCAUUCGUUUAUGGAUCUGGGAUAUCUACGUGUCGAAUGGAAAGCCAAUCAUCUCAAUGAGCCGAGCUUGGCAGCGGCUCGGCGACUGGGUUUUACGUACGAGGGAAUUUUCAGGAAACAUAUGAUUGUGAAGGGCAGACGCAGGGACUCGGCUUGGCUGAGUAUCAUUGAUGAUGAAUGGCCUGCUGUGCAGAAGGGAUUUGAAGUCUGGCUGGAUGAAAGCAACUUUGACGAGAAUGGGAGGCAAAAGAGAGGGCUGAGAGAAUGCAGAGAAUAA